AUGAACGGGGCAGCAGUUGUAGGUAGUAAAGAAAAGAACAGCCAGUUACCUGUUUCACUUAACCCACACCUGGACGGAACCAAAAUUACAGGGGUGACCACAGCAGCCCGCCCCCUGGAUCCACCGUCAGCAGGACCUGUGACCCACGUGCCGCACACACCCCGGCCAGGCACGCCUAUUGUCACCCCUAGGACCAGCUUCCAAUUCCACGGGAGCUCGGCCUCCCGCUCCACCAGUCGUCUAGGCUCAUCCUCCCGCUCCACCAAUUGUCUCGGCUCAUCCUCCCGCCCCACCAGUCGUCUAGGCUCAUCCUCCCGCCCCGUUAGCCGCCUUACUUACCUCGGGACUCCACCAGAGGAAGAAGAAGAGGAGGAAGAGAGAGAAGAAGAGAACAGACACCUCCAGAGAGAGGAUUCUAUUGUUACCACACUUUCAGCUACUUCCCUCAGCAGCAGCAGUGGCGGGGACAACAGCUCAGGUCUACCGGAGUCCCCAGAGUCACCAAGCCGGGGAACACCACUGCCCAUCUCACCACGGCUAGAGGAGCGACUCAGGCACAGCGUUUCGUGCUUCAAAAGGCUCAUUAGGUCGUCCUCCCGUACCCACACUGCCACCUCCUACCGUGCCAGACACUCCAGGUACUGUGGGUGCUCCUCGGGGCACAGUAUAGACGAAAUAAACAUGGUGGACGCCAAAGUUAUCUAUGCCAGCAGCCAAGACCCUACCUUCCCACCCUCCGCCAUGCUCGACGGGAGGCCGGACACGUUCUGGGCGACGAGCGGCCUUUACCCUCAGAUGGUGGUAGUGACGCUGCCGGGCAUCACCUCGGUUGACGCUCUCACCAUCCUCGCUUACAAUGUACGGAGAGUGUCGGUGGCCAGGAGCAUCAAGACGCAGCCCACUGAUUUUGAAGAGGUUACGGAAAGAGAGCUGCCUCACGAUGAAGGGAAGCUGCAGAGUUCUGUGUUGUCAUCGGAGCAAAUCACGGCAGCUCACCUCAGGAUCACCAUUAUAGAAGGUCAUGGUCACUUCUGCUCGGUGCACAAGGUUAGUGUGACAGGCACGGCAUCCUCAGGAGUCGGGGGAGGUCAACCUGGAUCGGGGUUCACGAAGGUCACUACCAACAACAGCUCUCCCGCCGUGUUCAGUCCACCCAGCCACCAGCGGACUAGAUCACCCUUACAGGUGAUGUCCAAGCCGAAUCCAUUCACAGCUGUUGGUGAUGAUGGAGAUGAAGACUUGCCUCCUGCUGAUUUCACGCAGAAUCAGAUAAUUGGGCUACCUGACGAUGACGAAUUCUAAAAGGCCAUGGAAGGUAGAUGAGGACGUCUGCUUGGCAUCAGGAGGCUACAGAAGAUAUUGAUUUAGCUUCGAUAAACUUAUUAAAAUGUUUGAUCUUGCCACAAGAUGUCAACAAGGAAGCUUGGUUUGCCAUUUAACUUUGGUGAAAACAUUUAUUGCUCCUAGAAGGCGAUGGAAAUAUUUGGUCCAAGAAUUUUAAUGCUGUUAUCUCGUGUCAUUUAUGAAUCGAUGGAGAAAUUUGGCUAGUUAAUUAUUUUUUAUAAUAAUUAAUUUACCUGUACUGUACAGGUAUAAUAUUUAAAGGAGAAAUGUGAAAGUUCAUUGGUUUACAGAAGUUUACAAAAACAGUUUGAUAAUUAUGAAAUUAUGUUGACACAUAUACAUAUACAUGUUGGUGGUAACUUGUACUGAAAAAGUGUCUGGGUGUUAAUAAAGCAUUACUUCAGUAUAUUAUGUCAGGUGGGUCUUGCAGGCCAUGAGGCACACAUGUUCCCUACUGUGAAAACGACAUCUCUUUACUUCAAAAGUAUUCUUCAUUAUUUUAAACUUUCAAAUGAACAUUUCAUAAGUUUCUUUUGGCAUAUAUAUUAAAUGGGAAUUUCAAAUGAAUCUAACAUUGGAAAUUCAUGUGUUACUGUAAAUAAACCAUUUAUGAAUAUGAAUCUUAAUUAUUGAUUAUAAAAUGUACAGUAAUAAAUAUAUACGAGUAUAUAAGCAUUUAUAAUAUUGUGAGCUGGUAAGGCACCCCCGGCCAGUGACUAUAGAUAGCCUCUAGUGAUGUCACGUCGGUGAACUCUAGUAAACGAUGAAUGACAAAUAAUUUACAGAUUAUUAAGAAUCACACUUUGAGGAAUAUAUAUAAUCGCUCAUUAGCAUAUUAUUCUAUAGUCACACCUGCUUGCAUUGCCAAGUGACUCUCCCAACAUUGAGAAACGGUACAAAUGUACACUAGCAUGUACAGCACACCAUCUAUUGGUAAACAAGGAGACUAAUUUUGGUGUAUCAGAUUCGAACCUCAAAGCUUUACUGUUACUGAAGGGGAGCUUGACCCAUAUCAUUCAUCAUGGGUUUUGGAACAUACUCUAGGUGGGUGUAAUGCAACUUUUUAUUGCUGUUCAAUAUUGUACUGACAUAAUUAAAGACAAACUUAUGAGAAACAAUGGGGGGUAUUAAACAAGCCACUGACAUCCUUUCCCCGUUAAAGCAGUAAAAAAACAUGAAUCUUAAAAGCUGUAACAGCAUUGCAGAAGGAAGUUACAGUUUAUUAGACAGAACACAAUACAGUACUGUACCCUCUUAAUACUAAAUAUACUGAGAUGUACAGAAUUCCCAAGCAAAAUGUGUACUGUAUGUGUAUUUAUGUUCCUGUGAAUAUAUACUGUAUGUAUGUAUGAAGAAAAUUGUACGGACUUUUCCUAUCAUAAAUCCCCCUUCAGUUCAAAUUAACCCAUUUCAAAUAUAUAAAGUAUUAGUUUAACAAAAUGCUUCAGUGUACAGAUUUAAUAAUGUCUGCCUGAACUCGACCUACACUGUUUUUUUCAUUUUAAAAAGAAAAUUCACAGUUUUUACAAUAUUCUCUCAACAAAGACGUAUAUAUAUAAGGAAGAGCUGAGAGAGGAUGGAUUACCGCACACCAGAUGAGGUGAGAGCUAUUAUACACCAGACUUGGGUAAUGUUUUAUUGUUACAUAUGAGAUGUAAAGCAGAGUACAGUAUAAAGUUUUUUGCUAUAAAAAACAACAAGAAACACUGAGUUCUGCACAUAGCUGACCAAAUUUAACCUACCUAAUCCAUACCUACCUAUCCAUAACAUUAUCCUAAUCUAAUUUAACCUUAAUAAGUAACCUACACAAGUGAAUUAGUAUACAUUUAUAAUUAACUUAAUAAUUACCAUUAUUUAAUGAUGUGUGUCUUUAGCUAUGAAAGAUUAAGAACAGUAAAGUACUGUAUGUAUUCUGAUCUAUGCAUAUUCUGGAUAGUUAUAACUUAUAAGUAUCCACCUCUUUUUUGCAGGAAACUUAUGUUCUAAAUACUUGUGAAUGUAUGAGCUGUAUACAAUAUAAUAAUGUAUGAUAAUUUGUGAUAUUGUUUGGAUGUGAAGUUUUAAAGUGUGUUCUAUUCUAAACAGGCUCAGUACAUGAGGUCAGUAUAAACAAUGGAACUGAUUUCUGUGAUUGGCUUCACAAAAGUGCAAAUAUAUAUAUAUAUAUAUAUAUAUAUAUAUAUAUAUAUAUAUAUAUAUAUAUAUAUAUAUAUAUAUAUAUAUAUAUAUAUAUAUAUAUAUAAAGUUACCUUUUAAUCAUUCUAAGUGUUUCACUUUUCACAAUUAACUUUCUAUCAGCUACAUCAUAUUUUUGGCUGUAUUAGUCAGGCCAAUGCCUACCAAUCCUCACUGACGAAAUUAGUUGUAAUUAUAUUGUCAUUAAUUAAUGCUAAUUACUUGAAUUUUAAAUAUUAGAACCUACAUUCUUAACCAGCAUGUUGAGGAUUACCUUUCUGUGAAAUUUAAACGACAUUUAAACCAAUUGUGCUUUUUUUAUUUACAAUAAAACUUGUCUGAAAAGAAACAUGUUUAAAUGGUGAAAUCAGUCUACAGUCAUGUUAAAAUGUAUACAAAUUAUAAUUUUAAACUUACA